AUGCUAUUUAGAAGAUUUUAUUCUGCAAUGUCCAAGCCGCAAGUUUUAAGAUUGGGACCCGUGAGGUACGCCCACCGCAAGUGGGAUGAGCUGGCCAAGUUGGCCGAAGUCGUUCAGACUACUGCUGAGAACCGGUCCGAAUUUAUCAAGGAGUUAGAUGCCGGCAAAUGGGACAAGGUAGUUGCCAUCACACGUACUUUUGACUCUGUUGAAGUUACGGGACGCUUUGACGAGGAAUUGGCUUCGCACUUUCCCCCCAGUGUCAAGGCUGUAUGCCACAACGGAGCCGGUUAUGAUCAGGUUGACAUUCCUCCUUUCCUCAAAAGAAAGAUCCAGGUCUCGAACGUUCCUUCUAUAGUCGACGAUGCUACUGCUGACACUCAUAUUUACUUACUGUUAUCGGCUUUGAGAAACUUCCAACACUCUCACCAUCUCCUUCUCCAGGGGAAAUGGGAGACAGAAACCGCCAAGUGUGGCGGGGCUCCAAUUGGAAAUGAUCCAAAGGGAAAGACACUUGGAAUUUUCGGAAUGGGCGGAAUUGGAAGAGCCGUGCGCGACCGUGCGGCGCCCUUUGGGUUCGGAAAGGUGAUCUACCAUAACAGGAAUAGACUUUCCCCAGAUCUGGAGAAGGACGCUGAAUACGUGAGCUUUGACGAAUUGCUCGCUCAAUCGGACAUCGUAUCUAUCAACAUCCCAUUAAACCCUGCUACUAGACAUUCCAUCAACAAGGAGUCUAUUAGCAAGAUGAAAGACGGCGUGGUAAUAAUUAACACUGCUAGAGGUGCUGUGAUCGAUGAGUCUGCUCUCAUUGAGGCGUUGAAGUCCGGCAAGGUCAAGUCUUGUGGAUUGGACGUCUUUGAGCACGAGCCCCACGUCCCCAAGGAGUUGCUGGAGUUGCCCAAUGUCGUGAGUCUGCCUCAUAUGGGAACUCAUACUCACGAAACUAUGCAAUCCAUGGAAGAGUGGGUAGUCACUAAUGUCGAGGACUUGCUCAGCAAGGGAAAAGUCACCAGUAUUGUACCCGAGUUGAAAAACGAAAGUUACUAG